AUGGAGGCAAUGGACCUGGUACCUGGUAGCAUUGGAACGACAGCGGUACUCGCUGCUUGUACUGCAAAUGCACCUGCUGGUAUUGGAACGACAGGAGUAACCACGGCUGUCGCUGCUACCUCAAUUUUUGAAGUCCCAAAUUUCCACCAACUAUUGGAGAAUUUUGAAGUCGUUGUAUCUGCUCUGAAAGCUGAAGAGGGAACAAUGAAAACUACGGAUGGCGAUUUGAGAGCUGAAAUGGCAGACAUGAAAACUAUUAAUUCCAACCUGGGAGCUGAAAUAGCAGACAUGAAAACUACUAUUUCCAAUCUGAAAGCUGAAGUGAUCACAAUGGAAACUACAGAUGCCAAUCUGGGAGUUGAAAUGGCAGACAUGAAAUCUGCUAAUUCCAAUCUUGGAGCUGAAAUAGAAGAAUUGAAAGCUGCGAAUGAAACCCAAAAGUAUGAAAUCCAGAUCUUGAAAGCUGAUCUACACCAAGCUCGACUCGACGUCUUGGCCAAACACACAAAAGAUAUUGGCAUAUGCCGAGGAAGAAUCGUCGCUCCAGCAUGUGCAACCUACUUCGAAACGUCCAAGAGUAUGGCCGUGGUGAGCUAA